AUGGUCCCCACAACACCAGAAAGUGAGGCGCCACUAUGUCCUCCACAACACCACAGUAAAGGCCCACAACAAUGUGGUCUCCCCACAACACCAGUGGGAGGCGGCCUACAAUUAUGUGGUCCCUCUCCAACACAGGGAGGCGGCCCACAACAUGGUCCCUCUACAACAAAUAAAAGGGAAAGCGCCCCACAACAAUGGGUCACCCCCACAACACCAGUGAGGCGGCCCACAAUGUGGUCCCUCACACCCAGUGAGGAGGCCCACAAGUGGUCCCCCACAACACCAGGGGAGGCACACACCAUGCGGGACCCUCAACAACACAGUGGGAGGCGCCCACAAACAAUGGGCCCCUUACAACACCAGUGGAGGAGGCCACAAACCAUGUAUCUCACAACACCAGUAGGGGAGGCCCAACCAUGUGAAAAUGUCCCCUUCAACAAGGGAGAAACCACAAAACCAAGUAUACCCCACAAUGAAAAUGCAAACCAUAUCCCCCAAAACACCAGAGGGAGGUACAAUGUGUCCUUGCCAACGUCAAAGAGAGGCGCUUCACAAACCAUGUGUCCCCCACAACACCACAGUGGGGAGGCAGGCCUACAACCCAUGGUCCCCCUCUACAACACCAGCAAGAGCACCCUCCACAACCAGAACCUCAAGAGAGGUCACAAACCAUGGAUCCCCACAACACCAGCAGGAAGCACACAACCCAGUGGGUCCUCAAACAACAAAGGAAAAGCGGCCUACAAACCAUCAGGAACCACAACAGUGGGAGGCAGCUUAUAA